AUGGCCGGUGAGUCGCGGUCGGGCGGGGACGCGGUGCUUCGCCGCCUCCUGAGACUGCAUCGCACGGAGAUCGCUGUGGCCGUGGACAGCGCCUUCCCGCUGCUGCACGCGCUGGCAGACCACGACGUGGUCCCGGAGGACAAGUUCCAGGAGACGCUGAGCCUGAAGGACAGGGAGGGUUGUCCUCAGGCCUUCCACGCCCUCCUCUCCUGGCUCCUGACCCAGGACGCUACAGCCAUCCUGGACUUCUGGAGGGUGUUGUUCAAGGACUACAACCUGGAGAGAUACGCCCGACUGCAGCCCAUCCGAGACAGCUUCCCUAAAGAUGUGGACCUCAGCCAGGCUCGAAAGGGGAGGAAGCCUCCCACGGUGCCAAAGGUCUCCAUACUGCCACCCAAACCCCCUGCCAAGAGGAAGGUUCAGGAGGAGCCCCGGGCCACCCCGACAGCCACCCUUUCCCCGAGGGGCAGCUCCAGUCCAGGUUCCCAAUCCAAGGCAAAGUCCUCCAAGAAGCAGGAGAACAGCAUGGAACCUCCACAUCCACCCCUGAGCAGCGGAAUCCAGACCAUGUCUGCGUCGGUGCAGCGCGCCGUAACGAUGUCCUCCGGGGAUGUCCCUGGAGCCCGUGGGGCUGUGGAGGGCAUCCUGAUCCAGCAGGUGUUUGAGUCCGGUGGCUCCAAGAAGUGCAUCCAGGUAGGGGGCGAGUUUUACACUCCUGGCAAGUUCCAAGACCCAGGCAGCAGUGGCGGGAAGAACAAAGCCCGCAGUGGCGGAAGCUCGAAGCCUCUAGUCCGAGCCAAAGGAGCCCAGACCAUAGCAAAUGGAGGUGACCCACGGCUGGGGCAGCAAUGCAGGGUUCCCGCCCCUGUUGCCCUCCCGAGUGAGCCCCAGCUCCACCAGAAGAACGAGGACGAGUGUGCUGUCUGCCGGGACGGCGGGGAACUUAUCUGCUGUGACGGCUGCCCCCGGGCCUUCCACCUGGCCUGCCUGUGUCCUCCGCUGCGGGAGAUUCCCAGCGGGACCUGGAGGUGCUCCGGCUGCCUCCAGGGGAAAGCCUUGCAGGGCGCACCCACAGCACACACAGAGCAGCCUCGGCUUCAGGAGCCUCCCUCGGAGAACCCGGUCCUCCUGGGACUGAGGCCCACAGGGGAGGAGAUGAGGGGCCUGCCCAAGGGGCUUCCAGCCGGAAUGGAUACUGCUCUCACCUUGAAGCACCUGCUACCCCCGCCCUCCGCACCUCCCUUGCCUGUGCUGGACCCCUCUGCCCUGCGCCCCUUGCUGUGUGUGAAUGCUGAAGGACAGCAGGGCGCAGCGGCCGGCGCGCGGUGCAGCGUGUGCGGGGACGGCAGGGACGCCAUCAGGUGCGCACACUGCGCCGCCGCCUUUCACCUGCGCUGCCACUUCCCCUCGGGCGCGGUCCGGCCCGGGCCGGUCCUGCGCUGCAAAUCCUGCUUUGGAGACCUGGCUUCUGUCCCAGGGGAGGGGGCGCCAGCGCUGAGCCCCGCCCGGCCAGCAGCACCGCCAGCAAGGGACGACUCUGCCGGCCAGGAAGCUGUCCUGCACAGGGAUGACUUGGAGUCUCUCCUGAGUGAGCACUCCUUCGACGGCAUCCUGCAGUGGGCCAUCCAGAGCAUGUCCCGCCCACUGGCCGAGGCACCCACCUUCCCAUCCUGA